AUGACUUAUAUUAUUAAUGCCAAUGACUAAGUUUGGAUCAAUACACUGUCUGCAUCACUUCUUCAAUAAUUUUUACCAAUAUUGUAAUGAUACAGGCAUGUGAAUCUAGAUCGAUCAAAGGAAUUCUGCCGGCAUCCACGCGAUGAGAGGUUGAAAGGUGUAAAAUAGCCAAUCUUCCAACAAAGAUUCUUCGGAUUUCUAUAUGAUUUAGUCCGGUAGACAUUUUUUUUAAGUUGAACCUUGACGGAGAAGUAAGGAAUACGGUUAUUACUGAAGAAUCAGGAGUGAGUUUGUGGUCGUCUAGAAUGAAUAGCAUCUUUAGACUGGCGUUAGUUUGUGGACUUUUUGUCAGCUGUGUAAUUUCUAAAAAUAUAGAAAAGGAACAAAAUAAAGAUUCCGUCACUUAUGAUAUUGGAAAUACAAAUGGGUACGACAUAAACAUAGAUGACAAUUGGCUGAAUGAAGUUCUUAAUACAAAUGUUAAUGAGAGUAGUAAGAAGUACAACCAAAUUAUUAUCGACCAGGAACCCAAACAUGUGCAAUUACCACAACUCGUAUCUGAUGACGAGGAUAAUGUCGAUGGUUCCGGUUCCGGUGAUGGGAUGCAACUAGAUAAAGGUAAAAGCGAAGGAGGCCAUUUCACUGAUCACACGCCAGGAAGACUAGAACAACAGACGAUAGGAAAACAGCACGAGGCUAUUCGUCGUCUGCCCGACUCUGAUACAGAUGUAGACCUUUUCAAUGUUGACAAUGAAGAAAUAAAAGAAACAUUACACCCAUUACCGACUAUGGGUGCUGCGACGAUCCAAACAACUCGAGUUGUCACUAAGACGUCGACAACACAUUCAAAUAAUCCAGACAUUAUCAAAGAAACUGACGAUGAAUUUGACGAUGAAGACGGCGAUGAUUUUAUUGAGGCCAGAACAGAACUUGGGUCUGGAUUGGAAGAUAAAGUUUCAAACGACGAGGAGAAAUUGAAUAUAACGUCUCCCAUGAAAACAGAGGAAAUAGCCAAAGAUGAGUAUAAUUGCAGAGGCAUUUCGUGCAAAUAUGGCGCCACUUGUCUGAUUCAAAACGGCGUUAAAAACGGAUGUGUCUGUGGUAUGAAAUGUGAGAAUUUCAAAGGCGAUCCUGUGUGUGGUUCCGACGGUAUACUAUAUGAAAACCUCUGUCAUUUGCAUCUAGAGGCAUGUAGUCUUCAGGUCAAUAUAUCGCUGGAUUCUUCAAGUAAAUGUUUGCAAAAUGACAAUAAUCCACUUAAUUCAUUACAACAAUGUAAAACAUCAUACCCUUAUUGGACACCGUGGUCACUUUGGAUACAGUCAGGUGAUAAGGAGUUCAGGUUUAGAUAUUGCAAACGUUCCGGUUCAUAUUUACUGGCAGACGACAGUUGUAACGACCCACAGAUGCAGGUUCGACAGUGUAACAGACGAGAAACAAGAGCGUGCAGAUCUAUGUCAGGAAAAACAACACAAGAAUACGAAUACUCAUGCAGCGGAGUUCAAUUAUCUGAGAUAUCUAGAAUUGAUGAUAUUUUCCCUCAUUUACACGAUGAAGUAUCAGAUUGUGAAUACUCAUUAUACGAUAUAGGAAUAGCAAAAUUCAUACACAAGAAAUGGACAAUCGAUGAUCUUGAUGCAAAAGGGGACAAAAAUGUUUGGUGUAGAAAUAGGGAUCGUUUUGUUCCAUUCUUCGACUCAACGAAACAGUGCUCUGGAACCUUAGAAAAGUUUUGUCAAGAAUCAGAAAAAUGUAUUCGUAAAAAGAAAAAUAUUUUGAAGUCUAAAGGUAACUUGAAACACAACUGUUGGAAAAAGUUCCUUCUUGGUGAUCAGUUACCAACGGGGUUUCCAGGAAUAUAUGACAAAUACUUUAUUUGCCAGCGCUUUGCCCAGGAUGAUACGUAUAUAGGAUCCACGUCAAGGAAGGCUUUCUAUGGCACUGUUUAUGAUACAAAACAACGGAUUCCUCUGAUGUCUUUUGGAAGACUGCGAAACCUUUCUGAUACUUCAAAACCACUAAUGAAGUUUAUGAUUGAAAAGGGUCUGGUGUCAACUAAAAAGCAUAAAACUGUAGUAUCGACGGUAUAUAAUUGGCUGAAUGGUGCAGAAGGCAAAGGAAUGUUCUAUGACAAAGGUGAAAUUUCAGUUUGUAAUCUAGGUCAAUUUCAGGCUGUAAACACCGAUUAUGAAAGAGCAGAGUACAAAAUGCAACAACUUCUACCACACAGUCUCACAGGAAAUGACGUCAGAGAGAAAAUAGCAACAUACACACUGACCAAUACGGCGCCAAUUCACUCAUCAUUACAUGGAAUGUGGGAAACUGCUUUGUCAACUGCGCGUACUUUCGCCGUCGAAAAGUGUGGAAUUCCAGUACUUUUAAAUCCCGUGAGGAGACAACGAAACAGGGUAUCACGUGACCAUCCGGAGAUGUAUGUAAUAUCAGGUGCAGUAUCAUUAAACGAUGAUGACAGCACAAUAGGGAAUGGGGUAGCUGUUCCGUAUUUGUUUUGGUUCGCCGGAUGUUGCAUCAAAGGCGCAGACACUGCCUCAUAUGCUUUAUAUGCUAGAAAUGUUCCUGACAGCGUUGUCAUAUCUGCUCCAGUUGCCCAGCUAGAAAUUCUUUUAUCAGAUAUUUAUAACACUACUUCGAACAAAACAAUCAAACUGUUUCCGGCAUAUGAUGAUAUAUGUGGUAGCAUUAAAAGUGAUAUUUCAGGUCAGAUAAAAUUAUGAUUUAAAACAUAAUCACAAAAUCGCUAGGUUUCAAUUCUAACAUCAUUUUUAAACCAAAAAUAAGUUACCGAUUAGAUAUCCCAUUUUAAAAAAAUCUUACUUACACUUCAAUUACCUGAAACAACGGUUAAAUUUUAAUAAAACAUUUUUAAGAUGAGGUUUGUAUCUGAAUUGCUCACAGAAGUCAACAGAGCUAUUUGGUACCUAUUUAUUUGGGGUAACAAGUACGUGUUUUAAGUCAUCAUCCCAAUAUAGGAAUUGAAGCUCUGUGAGAUUUUUUUUAAAUUUUAUAUAGAAGUUGGACGUUGUAGUACACCACUUUGAUAAGAACUAACGAGUUUUUCAUGUUUUUGGACUUUUAGUUACCUCCAGCUUAUAGUCUCAAUAUUAGUGUUUAUUAUAUAAUUUAUCGAUGAAUUUCGAAUAUUUAGAUUUAGUCUGGGAUUUACAACAAAUGUCUUAAUUUAGAUUUAAAAUAGCAUAAGAUAUGACUAUGUACUAAAAUAAAAUAGGCAUCGAAAAAACUGUUUAACAUCUCGUAUAAUAAUUGAUGCUACAUUGGAAUAUGUCCACCUAUUCUGUAUGGGUUUAAAGUUUUGGUGAAGGUGAAGAGUGUCACACAUCAUUUUGAAACAGAUGUGUUGUAGAGUAUACUGUUUUUGAAAUGUAUGCCACAUAAGGGGUUUGACACAGAUUUUACUGAUCAUACUAUGAUAGAGCGAGCUGGCAUAGUGUUCUUUUUACACCAAUUAUUGUAUUUUUGACUUGUAUAAGAGUUUUCACUAGCAAUUGCAUUACGCAAAGCAUAAUUACUUAUUAUACUUGAAUUGAAAUUUGACCCAUUUUGCUAUCAGUGAUGACAUCUGAUAUUUCGAACUGAUAUCGUGAUCAAGCAUAGUUUGGCCAGUUAUUGAACAACUGUCGAAUAAAAAAUAUUACUUUUCUCUAUUGUUUGACCAUUUUUUAUGAAAGAUAAAUUCAUGAAUGUUCUAUAACUUGUGAUUUUGAUAUGCUUGUAUUAUACCUUUUAUUGCACAUUUGAUUAUAUAAUGUAUACUCUAUGUUUGGAAGGAAAUGCAAUAAUAGAAAGUAAAUGUAUAACACGAUUAGCAUACCUUAUUUAUCUAUUUCAAGACCUAUUCCAUUGUUACAUAUUGUUUUUUAUCUACUGUCAUAACAUCCCCAUCAGCUUCAUAAAACAUAGGAAACUGUACAUUAAUCGUUGUACUUAUAAUAGCCUAAUGUUCAUGUUUAUGUCACCAGAAGUGUUUGAAUGAAGAUUACAUUUUGUGAUUGAAUACGGAAUACAAGUCCACCUUUUAUGUAUUCAUACUGUGCUGUUACUACGCAUGCAUAUUAUUUUUAUACUCAUUAGCAUACUAGUAAAAUGUAUCUAGUUUAAGUUCCGCUUAAAACAUUCGUGGACCAACAUAGCAAUGUGCUUUUUAAGUUGCACCUCCGUAACAAAUGCAAACAAUACUAUAUAAAUUUCGUACAAAGUACUUUUCUGGAUUUACUUUCACCAAAAACGCACAAACUGAAUACUGAUUUAGUACUGCUUGAAUAUCAGAGUAUCUAAUUCUACUCUGAGUGCUAUUUUUGGUGGUUUUUUUUUUAAAUCAAUCAGUGGGUUUGUAGAAAUUCGACACCCUUUUUCUGUGUGCAUACUGCGCAGAGCUUCUGUUUUCAAUUACUUGGGAAAAGACGGCAUGUAACAAACAUGAUAUAUAUGACAAAAACCGAAUGAUAAGAUACAACUUUCAAUGUUUUCUAUACUUACUGAAAGCAACUUUGAAACAGAAAUCAACGAUGAACACUUUAGGUUUAAGCCAUACACGUUAGUAGGCAAUGAACUAGUCUAAGUAACAAGCAAACAUCUUUUAAUCAAAAUCAGCAAUUAACAAAAAUUCAACAGUAAUAAUUUUCAACUUCUGAUUUAAAAAAUGUUACAAAAUUAAUGACUUUUUUCAAGUGCAGCAACUAUGCAGCAAUAAACUAUUAUGAUGCACGAACAAUAAAAUUCUGGAAAUUCUGUACAUAAAAAAAAUG